AACAAAUAUGGUGGACCUCGUACCGCAGGACCCACUGGCUGACUCGGGUCAGGCCCCUUCAGGAGAGCCUCCAGGUACAGCAACCACAGAUGCGCCUAUGAUAAUAAGCCAUCAGGGAGAGGUAGAGAAGCUGAUGGAGGAAUUAGGCAAAGAUCCCUAUGAUGAAGACCAGGCAGAAUUGCAGUUCCUUCAUUCAAAGCCAACAUGCUUCAUCAUCAUUGGAAAACCUGGCUCUGGAAAGACCACCUUAGCAAGGCGUCUUGCUCAAGAAUGGAAAUGCGAAAUCAUCUCUGCUUCAGACCUGAUCAUGCAAGCUGUGGAGCUUGAGACUGAGCUUGGGAUCAAGGCCAAAGAGAUUCUGAUGAAAGGGGAAGCCAUUUCUGAAGAGAUGGCUGUAAAAUUUCUUGAAGAAAAAGUGAACUCAGUUGAGGUUGCCCAUCAUGGCUAUAUUCUUGAUGGUUUUCCAUCCCUCUGCGAAGAUCACAUGACAAUAAAAGACCAGCUUGAGUUGAUAAAAAACUUCAAACUCAAACCAGACUUCAUAAUCAACUUGAAGCUUCCUGAUAAGGAUCUAGAAAGUCGACGAACUGGUCAAAAAGUUGAUCCAGUUAGUGGUGAAAUGUACAUCAAGGAAGUCUACGCCCCAGAGAAGUCACCCUUGAUGACGGAAGGGUUAGAGGAAGGUGGAGAAGAGGAAGAAGAAGAGGAAGAGGAGGAGGAGACUGGAGAAGAAGAGACUGAUUUCCAUGAGCUGCCCCCUGAGGUUGUUGAGCGGCUACUUCAGCGACCAGAAGAUCUGCCACAACACGUUGAAGAGAAUGUAAGGAUUUAUAAGAACAAUAUGCUAAGGAUGCUGGAAGACUACAUGGCAGACCACGACCAACAGUAUCUUAUUGAAUUGGAUGCUAACCAACCGGCUCAUAUACUCUUCAAGCAACUGAUGAAUAAGUUGAGCUGUUUUGUUCUCCGACCUGCAGCGGUUGCCAAUCGUCUGCAGGAUCCUGAAGAAGAGGAUAUGCCAGAGGAUAUUGAAACUGAUGAAUUGAUGCGUUCCCUUGCUUCAAAAAUGAUGGUGGCACCACGAUACCGGUGGCGAAGGAGUCGAUGGUUGCGUAACUGUCCUGUCGCUCUGCAUGAGGGCAAUGUGCUGCCUGGCAAACCUGAAUUUGCGGUCAGUUUUCUAGACAAGACGUACGUCCUCUCCAGUCCAGAAGCAGUUGAGAAAUUCUUGAAGAACCCCAGACCAUACCUGAUGCCUCCACAGCCAAGGCCGCCAUGCAAGAUCUGCGUCACAGGGCCUCACCUCUCAGGAAAAACAGCAAUUGCCCACCAAUUGGCACAGAAAUAUGGUGCAAAGGUUCUGGAUAUUGAUGAGCUAAUGAAACCAAAAUUUGAGGAGGAAAAGAAAAAGAUUGUUGAGCAGGCAAAGACGGAGGCGACUGAACAAGCGAUAGUGACUGUCAAGGCAAAGCUGAAGGAAGAGCAGGAGGCAGCAUUGUUGAAAGAAGAAAUGUCAGCAACAGAAGCUGAAGAGACUGAGGCUGAACAAGGAGAGGACAGUGAAAAUAAAGACGAGGCAGAAAAGGAGGGAGAUGGUGAAAAGAAAGAUGAGGGAGAAAUGUCUGAGGAAGCAGACGACAAACCGGAAACUACGUCUGAGGAAAAAACAGACGACAAUGCAGAAACUGAGCAGACGGAAAAAACAGAAGAAGACGCAGCAGUGGCUGCUGAGCCAGAGGAGGAGAAAAAAGAUGAGUCUGAGAACAAGCCUGAGUCAGAGGAAGAGAAAGGGCCUCCUCCGAUCGACGUUGACGAGACGCAUCCCGAGGUUGUGACCAUCGUUGACGCUGCUGUUGCUGAGGCUGAGAAACAGGAGCUAACCUUGCCUGUGGAAGCUUACAUCGAAGUGAUGGAGGAGGCAAUGAAGGAGGUGGAGAAGGAGAUGAGGCUGGGCAACCCUGAUGGACCAUUGAAUGGUGGGUGGGUCCUUGACAAUUUCCCCCGAACCCGGGAACAAUGGGUCGUCCUUGUUGAGAAGGGCAUUGUCAUUGACGAGGUUGUCUGCCUGAAAGAUCCGACCGAAAACAGCACCUUCCUGAUGAAGAGGUGGUACCGCAUCAAUCGGGCAGAGAUCGACGGCAUUGUGAAGGAGAGAGCCGAUACUGCAGCUGCAGAAAAGGCAAGAAAAGAAGAGGAACAGAGACUUAAAGAAGAGGAGGAAAAAAGAGUUGAAGAGGAGGCCAAAAAGGCUGCUGAGGAGGAAGAGAGGAGGCGAAGAAUUGAAGCUGGCGAAGAACUCAGCGAAGCCCCGGCCCAUGCCCCGCUUGUUCAGAAAGAGGAGGAAGAGGAAGGCGAGAAACCCAAAGGGGAGGCUGAGGAGACUGAAGGGGAGCCUGCUGAGAAAGCCCCCACUCCUAUUCCUACUCCUACACCAUCAACAGAUGAAGUUGAGGCAGAGCAGCCUAUUCCUGUCGAAGAGCAGCGGCCACCAACACCAGAAGAGGAUCUGGUUCCUCCUGAUUGCCCUGAAGUGGAUGCCCAGAAACAGAAGAGGAAGGAGUGGGAGAAUGAAUGGCCAAGCAUCCAGGCUAUCAUCACAGGGAGUACCAGUGUUGAGCCCCUCCAGAUUGAGGUCGAAGGCAAAACGGAGACUGAGAUUAUCCAGGAAGCCGUUCAGCAGAUUGAACGUCCUUUUGCCUACCAGGGCUGGGAGCAGACUGGUAUCGAUAUUGAUGAAGAAGAAGAAGAUGCUGAUGCUGAUAAUGAAGAAGAGGAAGAAGGCGAUGGAGAAGAGGAGGAGGAUCCCAAUCGCAGCAAGAAGAAGCCCUUGGGUGAUUUCAACCAUUUCUGUCCAGUCGCCCUCAAAGAGUCUGGUGUCCUGUUCCCGGGGAACCCUGAAGUUGCUUCGCGGUUCCGGGAGAAAACAUAUUAUUUCUCAUCAAAUGAGGCCAGGGAUAAAUUCCUUGCUGCCCCAACAGAUUACAUGCCGCAGGGAAAAUCACCAACGGCUCCACCACUCCGACUGCUGAUCCUCGGUGCCAGAGGUUCCGGCAAGAGCUUACAUGGGCGCCACCUGGCGAAGAAGCUGGGUAUCUUCCACAUCUCAUUCAAAGAGCGUCUGCAGGAGUUGAUCAUGCUGAAGACGAAGGGGAAGAAGAUUGGACCCGAGUAUGAGGAGGAUCAGGAGGAACCAGAUGAGCCGGAGGAACCUGAUGAGGAUGAUGAUAUUGAGAUUGCCAUCACCGCGCCUGAUGGCACAGAGUUCAAACCCGAGGAAGAGGCCCCACCUGAGGCGCCUGAAAGCAAGGAGGCUGAGGAAGCUCAGGAAGAGGAGGAGGCUGAGCCUGAGUUGACGGAGGAUGAAGAGAACAUCAAGGCCAACUUGGAAUCCGACGAGGCACUGCCCAAUGAGACGUUAGAUAAUAUCGUACCGGGAUGGUGGAAUGCAGAACCUUUCAAGUCAACUGGUUUCGUACUCGAAGGAUUCCCUCGGACCCAAGAUGAGGCUCGCUAUCUUGCCGAGACCGGACUCUUCCCAGACGCUGCCCUAAUUCUAUCAGUUGAAGACACAGACGUCAUUGCACGUCUUCUGCCACCAAAGAUGGACAAAUGGAAGGCAAAGAGAGACAAACGCCUUGCCAAGAAGCAGCGCAUUAAAGAUAAGGCAAAGAAGAAGAGGGAUGCCCUUAUUGCCAAGAGACGAGAUGAGUUACUGAAGGAGAUGGCUGAGAAAAAGGCUGAAAGAGCAGCACAGAAGGCAGAAGAACGUGGUAGCGAUGAGUCCGGCUCCGAAGAAGAAGUUGAGGAAGAAGAAGAGGAAGAAGAGAUGGAUAUUGAAGGAAUCUUAGCUGAAGAGUUUGAAGAGGAGGAAGAAGAAGAGGAGGAGGAAGAGGAACUUGAAGAAGAUGCUCAUGACAGAAUCAAAAAUGACAUGGAGGAGGUGUAUGACAAUGACACAAAUAGGUUGGCUGCUUGUCAGGACACUUUAGAGGAGCUCAUGAUUCCUAGAAUUGAACUUGAAGGUGGAAGAAAACCUCACAUCGUUCGUUAUGCCCUCACAAAGAAACUCAAACCAUACAUCCACUAUCGUCACAGCCUCUUCGAGCGGGUUUACCCCAUCAGUGAAAAACUCGCAAUCAAAAUGCUACAGCUUGGCUACAAGCAGCCGAGCCGAUUUGGAAGAUGGGAUCCUGUACUUCUGAGUGAUGGUGACUGCAUCCAGCCAAUGCAUGGCCCAGGCUACAGCAGCUUCCCAGCGAUCUACCGCCAGCAUGUCUACUUCAUGUCAACGUCCCAGAACAGGGAGUUCUUCUGCCAGGAUCCUCUCACUUACCUCAAGCAACCCACUCCGAAGCCUGUUGUGCCAAUCAGAAUGUCAAUUAUUGGACCCCCUAAGUCAGGCAAAACUGCUUUGGCCAACAGAUUUGCAGAACAGUACGGUUGUUCCAGGCUGUCCAUUGGUGAAGCUGUUCGAAACAUCCUGAUGUUCCAGCCGAAGACGGAACUUGCCACUCUAAUCAACUCCCACAUCCAGCGUGGUCUAACUGUCCCUGAUGAGUUGGCCAUUCAGGCACUAGAUGUUGCUCUGCUUGAUAUGAAAUGCCAGACAAGAGGUUACAUCCUUGAUGGCUUCCCAGUCACAAAGAAACAAGUUGAGCUGAUGGAAGAGAGAAGAAUCAUUCCAACCAAAAUCGUAGAACUCAAAGUCGACAGCAAAGAGUUGAUGAUCCGCGGUACGAAGGAUCGACUUGCAGAAAGCAGGGCACUGCCAUACCAUGACAGUGCUAAAAUCUUGGCAAUACGUUUAGCGUGUUGGCAGAAGGAGGUUGGCGAAGUGCGUGAAUGGUACAAGAAGGAGCAUAAGAAUUAUAAAAUUGUUGACGGAGAGCGAUCAAAAUGGCAUGUAUGGGAUUCUGCCCUGGAUGAGGCCAGCGACAGUAUACAGAAGAUUCAGACAUACCUGCAGAGGAUUGCUGAUGGUAAAGCUGCAAGUAUCUUCAGUCUGUGUAUCACCCCUGGCGAGUGCAAGAUUCGCCUUGGGUCGUUUGGUGAAUAUUGUCCUGUCAGCCUUGCUCUUCGAGGUGAACUUGUGGAUUGCUCUGUGACAGAUUCACUAGAAAAUGCUGCAGAAUUCCGAGGUUACUAUUAUAAGAUGGCUGGUCCAGAUGAACUCGAGCUCUUCCUCGCUGAGCCGGAGAAAUACGUGCCGCCCGUUGCUCCAAGGGAACUCCCAUCUCCUGAACUCUUACCACGACGCGUACCCCCAGAGGAGAUAGGCCGGUCCUACCCCGACAAGAUGGAGCUGCUUGGAUACUGUCCUGUGACCUAUCUCGAUGAGAAGCUGAGAUAUGAGGCGAUCGUUCCUGGAAGUCCCGAAUUCGUUGCCGAGUACAGAGAUAAGUUCUACAGUAUGGAGUGUGAGGAGAAACUGCAGAAGUUCUUGAGACGUCCAGACAAAUACUCCGACCUGAAACUUCCCCACAAGUUGCCGCCCAAGAAACAGCCGCUGCCCAUUGUCAGCCUGCCUAUGCUGGGGUACAUGGAACAGUCUGUCGCUACCGCCAUGACCAAGGCACUGACUGCUGUUGGAUGCUUCAAACCAAAGUAUCCGUUCAUCUCAGCGUCCCGAUCAGCUCAGUUGUAUGUGGCGUAUCAUUUGAAAGCAUUCAACCCGAAGAGUUCAGAUUACGUCCGGAAGAAAUACAAGCAGAAACUUGAUAAAUUUGAAGAAACGUGUCGGCUGAUAAAUUACCUUGGCGACAAAAUGUCAGUGAAAUACACAGAUCCGGAUCUAAGACCAAGCGAAUUCGACAUGAAAUUACAGGAAUUCCUGGCACUCAAAGACAUUACACCGACAACGACUUGGAUAGCAUGAAACAAAAACCGUUUCUUAUUGGACAGUGAGACUAAAAAUUCGAAGUUAAUGAACUUUGUUCUGCUGACUAACCCGUCAGUGGUCACUCUCUGAAACUUUUCUACAACUUGUAAUCAGAACAAACUGAUCCCUUUUCCAAUUUUUUCUAUAUUUGUGUAGGCUUGUAUAAACAGAUCAUGGGCCUUAUUCAGCCAGGCCUAGCAGCUUUCUUGAGGCAGCCUCUAUAUUCAAUUGUUUUCUGAGUAUGAUCUACAUGUACCGUCCAUGCCAAGACUUGUCUUUGCCUUUCAGUUCUUUCAGGUCCUUUGUGUUGCUUAAUUCAGACUUCCGAAUCCGUCCAGCAAGUUUUCAAAUGCUUUUUUUUACUGAUUUUGACAAUUUGUAUUCACGUUAAUUUGGUUUAUGGAAACAUUAUACUAUUUGCAAGUCAAACUAUUCGUCAUUGUAAGAGCUGGUAGUAAAUUUAUUUGAUAAUUAUAAGUCUGUGAUAUACCUUACAUAAACUGCUACUUGACUUUUCAAUAGACAUUGAAUUGCCAGUAAUUGUGUAUAUUAUUUUGUACAGAGUUUGUCAAUAAAUAAUAGU